AUGGCAGAGAGCAAAAUAGAAGAUACGGAUUUAAUAAAAGUUGUAGAUAAGAAAGAAGUGAUGAACGAUGCCACGACAUCCGCAAAGAAAGAAGAAGACAGCGAGACGUCGGAUAUUUCUAACAAAAAUAAAUCCGAAGCAAGCGAUCCUCACAAGAAUGAUUUGAAAGUAGUUGCUGUUGUCGAAGUAGAAAAUCAAGAAUCAAAUUUAGAUUCAGAAAGCUCAAAUAAAAUUGAGAAUGCUGCGUCUGAAAAUGAAAAACAUACAAAAGAAGAUGUAACGAUGAAUACAAGAUUAAAGGAAGUGGACAGUGAGAAAAACCCUAAACAAUUAGAGAAUUCAAUUGUAAAAAUUAAUGAAAUUAAAAAUACAAUUUCGGAAGAAGAGGAAACACUGAAUGAAAUAUUAAAGGUGGUACAUGAAAAUCUAAGUUCAACGGAAGUGCAGCAGAUUGCUACGGAAUCUAAAAGUUUAAGCCAAGAGAAUAAAAGUGGCAACGAAGAAACUAAAGAAAAAACAGACAAAGAGUCAGAGAAAGAUGAUGGGAUAGAAACUGUGAAUGAUGAUACGGAUGUUCUUGUAAUAAACGAAUCUGUAUCAUCUAGAAGGAACUCUGAAACCAAACAAUCCGUAGAGAUUGUAGAACACAUGGAAGUUGGAAUAGUAGGGCCUCCUACGACUGUUAGCGAACUUAUUAACGAAGAAGAACUGAGAGCAGAGUCUACGUUAUCGACUGAUCGAAAAGUUCAGGAUCAUGUGGCAGAAUGGGUUCACAAUUCGGCUAAAACCAAAGAACUGGUGGCAAACGAAGAAGAGAUUCCUCAACAGGAAAAGAAGAACAUAAGAGAGAAGAGGACCAGGAAAAAAAGGAGCAACGACGUUCUUGCUUUACCUACUAGAAAAUCUCAGAGGAUUGUUAGCAACAUUAUUAAAAAAAGCAUCAAAUGGUAAGUAGAGUUGCAUGCUAUUUUACAUACUAUUUUAAUUUAAUUUAAUUAAAUAGUUUAAGAAAUGA